AUGACUGUGGAGACAUUGCCUUUGACGAAGAAAAUGGCAGUUAUAAGAUUCUUUGAGUAUAUAUUGCUCUAUAAAGACGCAGUGAUGUUUCAGAUCGAACAAGUUACAAAGCUUUGCUCGAAGAUUGCUCUGACAGAGCCAUGGGAUCCAUAUGAUAUUCCUGCCAAUUCAACUUAUGAAGAUCAGUACUACAUCGGGGGCCCUGGAGAUGAAAUUAUGGUACAGGAGUGGUCUGACAGAAAACCAGCCAGGAAAUUGGAAUCCUGGGUCGGCGUUUACACAGUCAAAGACUGUUACCCAGUACAGGAAACCUACACGAAGAACUACAGCGUGACAACCUCCACUCGCUUUUUCGAUCUACAGUUGGGCAUUGCUGACCCCUCGGUGUUCACCCCACCCAGCACCUGCCAGACAGCCCAGUUGAGGAAGAUGAAAGAUGAAUGCUGAUCAUGGACACUGCCUGCCCCGGGCAAACAAAUAUUGGCCCAGAAUAUUAUUAAUAGUCGGCUGCUGACGUCUAACCUGAUUUUUCAAGCUUAUUGUUGCUCUUUUGGGAAUUGUUAAGUUUUCACUUGAAAGAGAACAUAAACAUUUAACUGAGUAAAAUAUGUAACACAAAAGAUCUCUUUCAUCACAUUAAUCUGUUCAGUGAUGCACUUGGAGUAUUAUAUAGUUACCACUGAGAUAAUAUUUAUAGAUACUAUUUAUCUAAGCUGUGACUGAUUUUCCUUUUGCAAAGGUUUCAUUAUUUAUUUCUUCAAGAAGACAAAGCAUAAGCAGACUGCAAUAAUGGCAACAUCAAGAAGGAAAAGCUAGAUUUUGUUGUUGUUACUUCUGGGGACUUGAGGGAAGGGAAAAUACGUCCCGGGUAGGACUUCAUCCCUUAACCGAAAAAUACCCUGUUUUAAACAAUAUACAUAAAAGUAUGGAAAAUCAUUCUCUUGGGUUUGUUUUUCUUUGUGGUUUUUUUCUUUCUUUCUGCCCUUCAGGAAGCUGAUAGUCUAAUGUUUAAGCUGAUUUUUCUCCUUCUGAAAAGAAACUGGAGUAGCUCUCUUCAUGUAAUGCUAGCUGACA